UCAAGAUGGCGACUGUACUGCAAGAGCUUUACGUUUAUUUUAAUUAGAAUAAAAUAAAAUAUACAAAUUUAGACAUAGUUCUAUAUUCUAGUUCUAGUAAAAAUAUACCUUAAUUCGAAUAGUGCGAAAAGACUUUGUAGAUUCUUAACAGUCUACAGAAAGUACUCGCCAAGUUCAUCUUUUGUUUCUGAUUGGACUUACUCCAAAUUUGAAAAUGGCGCUGUCACACAGGGAUAUAGAAGAUUUGAAACCUUUGCUGAGUGACACAGUGAAACAACUUCUGGGUUUUAGUGAGCCAACUGUUGUGGCUGCAGCGUUAAACUGUGUCAGUACAGGAUAUGAUAUGAACAAAACUGUUGAACAACUUUCUAGAAUAUUGGACCGGUCCCAAGCCAGCACAUUGGCUGAGCGAGUCCACCAUCUCUAUGAAGACUUCAGAAACAGCCUCAGGAAUGUGAAGAAAAGACGAAGAGAUGAUGUUGUAGAUGAAAACAUGAAAAAGAAAAAGUACAUUGAUGACCAGUUGGAAAUGGCAGAACUUGCCUCAUUACAGCAGUCUAUGCAAAAACCUAAAAAUACCUUGCCCAACCUAAAUCCUCCAGGAGCUAUGCUGACCCAGGACAAGAUCAAAGAAAUGAUGGCCAAUGCACAAAAGAUGAUCCUGGAAAGAAAAGCACAACUUCAGGUGACCAUGCCAGUCAUGCCGAAACCAGUCAGUGUACCGGUUGACCCAGGGAAGAGGGCAGCUGAACUUCAUGCGCAGAUCCAGGCCCGGCUAAGUGGUAUGGCUGGAGUGCUUUCCAGUGCAAUGAUACCUGGACAACAAAAUGCAGCCCCAACACAGCCUCCAGUCAUGCCUCCACUGGCAGGGCCAAGUCCCCUUAUCUUGAAUGAAGAAGGCAAAACUAUUGAUGCCAAAACUGGAGAGGCCAUUCAACUUGCACUGUACACACCAACCCUCAAGGCAAACAUUCGAGCUAAGAGAAGGGAACAAUUUAAAGGCCUUAUCGACAAACCUCCGGAAGAAAUUAGUGAAAGCAAGUUUUAUGAUAGCAGAUUGUCUUUAAAGGGUGUUCAGAGAGCCAAGAGAGGUUUUAAAUUUCAUGAGAAAGGAAAAUUUGAACAGCAAGCUUCUAGAUUAAGAGCUAAGGCACAACUAGAGAGAUUGCAGUCAGAGAUUGCCCAGGCAGCUAAAAAGACAGGCAUUGCCUCUGCAGCGAAGAUAGCCACCAUUGCUCCCAAGAAAGAAAUAAAAGAAGGUGAGGUCCCUGACAUUGAAUGGUGGGAUACAUACAUUAUCAAGAGCAAUACGUAUGAUGUUGUGCCAGAUACAGGUGACAUUGACAGGCUGGCAUAUCAUGGCAUUACAAAUCUGGUAGAACACCCGACACAAAUAGCGCCACCUGUUGAGGUUAAGGAAGACAUCUCUAUACCUGUGUAUUUGACCAAAGCUGAAAGAAAGAAAUUACGCAGACAAAACCGAAGAGAGGCAGAGAAGGAAAUUCAAGAGAAAAUUCGUCUUGGUCUUGCUCCACCCUUAGAACCUAAAGUACGAAUGGCCAAUCUGAUGAGAGUUUUAGGUACAGAGGCUGUCCAAGACCCCACUAAAGUAGAAGCACAUGUCAGGGCCCAGAUGGCAAAGAGACAGCGUCAGCACGAAGAGGCCAAUGCAGCCAGAAAGUUGACAGUUGAGCAGAGAAGGGAUAAAAAGAUUGCUAAAAUAAAAGAGGACACAUCUCAGGGAGUCCAGGUGGCAGUUUACAGAGUGCGAGAUCUGAGUGACCCUGCCAUCAAGUUCAAGGUUGAGACCAACGCCAAGCAGCUGUAUAUGACUGGUAUCACCAUCAUUUAUAAAGAUUGCAAUGUUGUGGUUGUGGAAGGAGGUCCUAAACAACAGAGAAAAUUCAAGCGACUCAUGCUGAAUAGAAUCAAAUGGUCUGAAUCACACAGACGAGUCAAAGACAAUGAUGACAAAGAUGAUGAUGUCAGCUCUGUGAAUAAAACCAAUAAGUGUGUUCUUGUCUGGGAGGGGAUGGUGAAGACCAGAUCUUUUGAUGAAAUGAAGUUUAAGACUUGUCCGACAGAAUCCUUUGCACGAGAGCAGCUCAAGAAACUUGGCGUUGAGCACUACUGGGAUCUAGCUUACUCCAGCACAGUCUUAGAGUUGGCAGGGGAUGACAUAUGAAGAGACUCAAAUCUCAGUGCAUUCUCUUUAAAGUAAAAUUUAGCUUAAAAAAGGCAAACUGUCGACAACUUUGAAUUGUUUAGCAAGCUUGAGGAAGAGAACAAACCAAAUGUAAAUACAGUGGAGCAAUUGGUUUUAGCUUAACAUUGAUAGAUAGUGUUCAUGCAAGUAGCGUUGCAGAGUUGACAUCUCAAGAGAGGGGAGGUGGACUAUUUUGUUUCUGUUAUGAAAAGGGUUUGAAAGUCUGUGAAUUAAUUGUUUUUCGUGUGUUAAUUCUCUGAACCGGGAGGAUCAAAUAAGUUCAUGCUUAGUGUCCAGCCAAACUUUGUAUUUCAAUUAGUUCAAUAGUUUGUAAGUCUUUGUGCAAAUAUUUUUCAGGAAAGAAAUAGUUGCAAUGCUUUCUUACGGCUUGUUUUGUUAUGUUGAACUGUUUUGUCAACGGUGCAUGGGGGUGUCCAGCAAUUUAAAUGUUGGAUAUUCCACACUGUCCUACAAUCCAUUGUGCAAAAUAGCAUAAGUUACUUUUAUUUGUCUGACUAGCUUUUAUCCAAUGGAUACCCCCUUUAUUUGUUCCCUGAUAUACUGUAAAUUGUAAGUAGUCCCAAAGCCUAUUCUUUUAUAAUCUCAUCAUGGCUCAUGCCCUACCAAAUAGUAAAGCAUAAAAGGUUGGCUUAAUUAAAGUCUAUUUUAGAAUACUUCCCCACACCUACUUUUGUUCGUCUUGUGGUUUCGCUGAUCAAUUGUCUGACUUUGACAUGAAAACAAAAUAUGUCAAAGCAAUGUAAAACUUGUUCUGAAAACUUUUUUUUAAAAUUGCUUUUAUGUAACAUAACUUUCAUGCUUCUAGCAUGCUCAGUGCGCUAGGGUCCAAUCUAUUUUGUUGAUGGUGGGGUGGGGAGGUACCUGGGAGAAGGUUUCCAUGCUGUCUUUAGUGGCUCAGCAAACACAACUCUGCUUUCCUCCUUGAAAGGUAGCCAAGCCCCCUUGAAAGGUAGCCAAGCCCCUUUGAAAGGUAGCCCAGCAAUUUAAGCCUCCCAGUCACACAUCCUUGUUCCUAUUCACUUUCUUUUCAAUAUUCACAUCUUUGCUUAGGGAGAAACACUGCUUUCUGUUAGCUGUGUGUUUCUGCCUGGGCUGUAUAACUUUUGGUGAGCAAGCCAAAGGUAGUGCUUGUCUUGAGCCAAGUAAAACAUCACUUAGAUUCGAUACUUAGAUACUACAAAGGCCUGACUGAUACUGACCAUGGACCAUUUUCAAAUGCCAUCACAAUGAAGGAGAAUAUCUUCUGUGUAUUUAUGUUCUCUGUGAGACUGUCAAAUGAAUAUAGUGGAUAGAAUGACUGACACUGAAUGAGAUUGGAAGUGUGACUGACUGGAUUGUGUGGAUAGAAUGACUGACACUGAAUGAGAUUGGAAUUGUGACUGAGUCUGGAUUGCGUGGAUAGAAUGAAUGAACAGACAAUUAGAAUUGAAUGGAAAGUGUGGUCUGAACAUUGAAUUUUAUCUCUUUUUAUGUUUUGAAUCAUUGAGUCAGCUCAUGGUAAUGAAUGCAAAUGUACUAAUUAACAUGUUAAGUUUUUGUAUGUUCAAUUGUUUUUCUUUGUCUGUAUGAAGAAUUGAAAUUGUUGCUUACUUCAUUGAUGAUUGACAGUGCCACAUUAUAUUAUAUGGCAUAUUCACAUAGAGGAACUUACUGUUCUAGCUUGACUUGUUCACCCAAUGUUUGUUUUUUUAUUGUUUGAUUGAAUACUGUCGAAUAAAUUGUUUUUGAAACAAA